CAGAGACGAGAGAGAGAGAGAGAGCGAUAAAGCAGAGCAGAGCUGCUCAUCCGGCUGCUAUAUAUAAUCCCCCAAUUUCGUCUCCAAACAUAUAAAGCCUCCCGAUUUCGAACCCCCCCAUCCCACUCCUCGGCCUCUUCUCCCCCGAUCCGAACCCAUUCCCACCUCCUCCGCUCCCCGCCGGAUCUCGCCGCCAGGACCGUCCGUCCGUCGACCCGCAGGCGAGGCGAUAUGGCCACCUUCGAGCUCUACAGGCGGUCCACCAUCGGCAUGUGCCUCACCGAGACGCUCGACGAGAUGGUCUCCAGCGGCACCCUCAGCCCCGAGCUCGCCAUCCAAGUGCUCGUCCAGUUCGACAAGUCUAUGACCGAGGCGCUGGAAAACCAAGUGAAGAGCAAGGUUACUGUCAAGGGCCAUCUGCACACCUACAGGUUCUGCGACAACGUCUGGACGUUCAUUCUAACUGACGCGCAGUUCAAGAACGAGGAGAUCACCGAACAGGUGAGCAAGGUGAAGAUCGUGGCCUGCGACUCCAAGCUGCUCAGUCAAUAAGCAGCUCGGCGCGAGCUGACUCCCGGAGGCGGGGCUCGAACUCGUUCGAUCCCUACCUCGGCUAGAGAAGAACGCCACCACCGACAUCGCCGCCUUCGCCUUCCAUGGGCACCUGUAGAAUCUCAUGCCAUGCAACGCUAGAGCGUGGCAUCGCAUCCGCAGAACCUUCUCCCAUCCUUGUUUCGCUGUAAUGUUGUUUCCCUGAACUUUUGAUACUACAUAACUGGUGAUGACUGGAUGAGUAAGUAGCAGCCAGCAACCGGACCUGAACUUUGCUGGGAAAUGUAUGUGAGAUUUAGCA